AUGAUAGAUCCCGAUCUUCCUCAAGAGGCCCUCGCCACCUUGAACGAAGAGGAAAGUCAACUCUUGAAAUUGCACGGCAAAUCCAAUGCUCUCGAUGUCAAUCUUCUACGCGCCAGCUACGAGCACCAGCAGAAACUGAACAGUUUUGCAGCCAGGAAGGAUAGCUGGCACGAGAGUGUUAAUCAAUUGUUCAAGAGCUUUCUAGGAUUACUUUCUGGUGGUCAAACACAAUUGAAUUUGAUAAAAGUCACACAUGAUAAUAUCGAACUUACUCUAGGAACGCAAGAUGAUGAGCAUAUUAUCAACAAAGCAUGGGAAGAAGGCAUGACAAGUCUGGUCGAGAGUCUUAUGGCCGAAAAGUCUAGAACUAUUUCUACUUACUGCGAGCAGAAAAAGGAGAUCUUAAAAAGUAUCGAAGUCCUUCUAGAUAUCCCAGAGUCUUUGAUCUCUACUAUUGAUAAUAAUACUGAAGCUUCCACCGAUCACACUCAUCAGUCAUUAGUCACCGUCUUAGCUGAAAAUGCUUCUCUCAAAUUAAAACUUGCAAAGGCCGAACAGGAAUUAUUACAAGCUCAAAGCAACAGAUCCGGGAAUUCCGCUACCUCAUCACAAGAACUCUUAGACUUGAAGCAGAGAUUAGAACAGGUUGAAGACGAAAAGGCUGAACUUGUGUUGGGACUUUCCGCUACCGAGGAUGAACUUGAAUCGACACGGGCGUCGCUUGCGGAUGCACACACAGAGAUCGAGAGCCUAGAAUACAAGCUGAAUGGGAAGAAUCAUCCAAAUCAUGAUCUUCGUACACUUGCUGUUAAUGUCCGCCUUCGCUUUCUGAACCAAGCAACUCGACGCAACAAUCAUAGCAACUACACAGCAGUACGUGGUAUUAAAGUCACCGACUUGGGCGCCAUUGAGCGCGGCUCAGCUGCUGUACAUGGUGGAAAUGUUCGAACUGAUGCCUUUAUGAUUCGAAAUAACAUUCACAACAAGUUCAACGAUGGCUAUGAAUCGCUGUUCUUGCGUGUAUAUGGUGUCUCUGUUGACGAGGUUUCUCAAGGAAGAGAUGGCAAAUAUUGUCUUGGCUCCAAACAUGUCGAAAUAGCGGAUUUGAGAGGCACAAUGUCACACUGUUGUUCGUUCUCCGAACUUACACACAGUACGGAAAUGGAUGAUAGGUUUGAUAUUCUACGAUCUCUGUGUGAUAUCAUUUAUCAACAAUAUUUCGCACAAUUAGGAUCGACAGCUAAAGCACAAGAUGCAUUCAAUGAAGACCCGACCGUCGAUGUACACCUCAUUGCCAUGCGAAAUAUAUCUGAUCGCAUUGUUGGCUUGGAGAAGCAAAGACUCAGGAGCGAUGAAAGCUUUAAGGAUUGGUUGUUAUCUGAACAGAGAAUGGCUCUGAUUGGUUAG